CUCGCGACGCUUCCAAACGGUCGGAGGUUCUUUCAUCAGAACCAUUCAUUUUUCAUUUUCGUUUUUUGUUUCUUCCUCCGGGGAUCGUUUCCAAGUUCAUGGACCAAGAUGGAGUGUUGAGUGAUCAAACCGUUCAUUUGUUGUUUUCUUUCAUGUUUUUGUAAGUGUUUUUGGGAUUCACAAAUCACUGGUCGGCCGGGAUUCGAACUCUUGCCUCUGGAUAUUUAGUUUUAUACCACUAUCACAACUAGCUUCAGUAUGUUCCCGUUAAUACUCCUGGCGUAUGUUGUAGCCGUUAAAGUUUUCAAAAAAACCACACCUAAUGGAAAAGUCACAGUAUAUCUAGGAAAACGUGAUUUCAUCGACCAUUUAGAUCAUGUGGAUCCCAUCGACGGUGUUGUGGUCGUCGAAAAUGACUAUCUGCAAGGCAGAAAAGUGUACGCACAGGUUUCGACGACGUACCGGUUCGGUCGGGAGGAAGACGAGGUCAUGGGCGUCAAGUUCAGCAAAGAGAUGGUGCUGUCGAAGCAACAAAUCGUGCCGCAGGGCAACGAGAAGCCCGAGCUGACCCAGGUUCAGGAGAAGCUUAUCCGGAAGCUGGGCAACAACGCCUACCCCUUCACGUUCAACUUCCCGGCCAACUCCCCCUCGUCGGUCACCCUCCAGCCCGGCGACGACGACACUGGCAAACCCCUCGGUGUCGAGUACACCAUCAAGACCUUCGUCGCUGAGAACUCGGAAGACCGUGGACACAAGCGCUCCUCUGUUGCCCUCGCUAUCAAAAAGUUGCAAUAUGCUCCACCAAGCCGUGGCCGACGUCUUCCUAGCUCGUUGGUCAGCAAGGGUUUCACAUUUUCUCAGGGAAAAAUCAAUCUCGAAGUGACCUUGGACCGCGAAAUCUACUACCACGGAGAGAAAGUUGCAGCUACUGUGACCAUCAGCAAUAACUCUCGGAAAUCCGUCCGAAAUAUCAAGUGCUUUAUUGUGCAACAUUGCGAAGUCACGAUGGUGAACGCGCAGUUUUCAAAACACGUUGCCAGUUUAGAGACUCGUGAAGGAUGCCCUGUCACCCCUGGGGCUUCAUUUAUGAAAACUUUCUAUUUAGUACCCUUGGCUUCAAGUAAUAAGGACCGAAGAGGUAUCGCUUUAGAUGGUCAUCUCAAGGACGACGACGUGAAUCUUGCAUCUUCGACGAUGGUGCAAGAGGGAAAAGCUCCCGGUGAGGCCAUGGGUAUUGUCAUCUCGUACUCCCUCCGAGUCAAGCUCAGCUGCGGCACGCUUGGCGGCGAGCUCCAAACCGACGUCCCCUUCAAGCUCAUGCACCCUGCACCAGGGGCCGCAGAGAAGGAGAAGUCCAGCGCAAUGAAGAAAUCUAAGAGCAGUGAACGCUCGCGCUAUGAGAACUCUUGCUAUGCGGAUGAUGAUGAGGACAACAUAGUUUUCGAAGACUUCGCUCGUCUCAGAUUAAACGAGCCAGAUGAGUAAUCUGUCAUCGAUUUCCGUCAAUUUCCGGUCAUUUCCGGCUGUGUUUGGACACGUUUGACAGUUACGUUUGGACACUCUAACUGAUGGUGUAAACGGUUGUUUAACUGAGGUUUUGUAAUGUUAUGAUAAACAUUGGGCCAAGGUCGAACAAGAAAAACUCAAAUAAUAAUAUAGAUAAUUACAUUAAUAAUUGCAUCGUUUGCGAAUGAAACUUUGGAAAGAGCUACAUUAACUGCUUCACUGGCGUACCUGCAAAGUUUUUCUGAAGAGAGGUCUUUUUUUCUUCGAUUUUUUUUGUUUUUAAAUUUAAAAUCUUGCCUUCCGAAGAAUCUUAUUGCGGCGAAUGACUGUAGAGGCGUUUGACAAAACUAAUUUAUAGGUGCAGAAAAUUUUCAAAAA